AUGAAGAAGGAAGGAGGGUGGCACCAGGUGAACGCCUCCCAGGAGCCGUGUCUAGACCAGUGCGAAAGGAACUACUCUCUGCAGUGCCCCGAGCAGUGGGCGCCCCAGGACGACAAGACGUGCCGACCCCUAGCUAUUUAUGAAGGAGUGUGUCUUCCAUCCCAUGACUUUUCUAACAUGACGGACGCACAAAAGGAAAUAUGGAGCAACAAGUGCGGAACGGACUGGCCAUGCAUGGUUAGACACACAAGUUUGUAUUCUACGUGGGGAAUGCCUUUGAGUGGAAAAAAGGAGUGUCACACAUCCGAUUGUUUUCUUUCCCCCCACGUUUUUCCAAGUCGUCGUGCAAGAAGGACUACUCUAGAAGGUGGGUGGACCAAAGAGAGUAACACACAGAGGAGUUCCAAUCAUUCGCCUUUCGAACUGGGCAUUUUUUUUUUUUCUACAUGGAUAGCGAUUGUGUUUUUCACCACCAUGAAUGAUAACUGCCCUAUCCUUGGAAGAACCAUCCUGUUCUCCCCCUUUUUCGCAAUUCGCCUCCAACAGCCUUGUCCUGCCGGAUGGCUCGUAAAAUCGGAUGCCUUUGGAAAUGCUAUCAGCUGUCUGCCCCCUGAUAACUACACGGGUCCAUGUGGGGAGGAAACCAAAUUGAUGGCUGCCAAUCCGAUCAACUACGACCAAUUGUGCCCAGACGGAUGGACCAAGAGCGAACAGUACUGUGUUGCCCCCCAAAAUUAUAUGGGUCCAUGUGCGAAGAAAAAAUUAUUUGCAUCAUUCGAAAGGGGAAUGAAAAGGGCUUACGCGGAAGAGUGUGAUGUUGAAUGGCCCUUCGUAGGGAGGGAAGCGUCCGACUCGUAUCCCAAAGGCUCGGCCCUACGGAAGAGGAAAUAUAACAUUGGCCCCGUUGAACCAUUCACGGGGGCCAUAAUUUCCGGCACUGUGAAGUGA